AGCUCAGCAAUGGCUCCUCCUCGCUCACUGUUGCUGCUUUUGUUCCAAGUCCACAUUCCUGCAAAGCCUGGAGCCCCAUUUCAUGCACCCCCCCCCUCCCUUUAAAAAAAAGGCAAGACCUUCGUGUUGUAGACUGUAGGGAAUCUUUGUUAAGGUUUGUGUAUGCAUUUGUGGGGUUGCGCCUUACUGUGUUUGCAACCACUAUUUGUGGGUUCAAUUCAGAGGGUGGAGGAAGGGGAAAGGAAGGAGGGAUUUUGAUGAUUUUGCUUUGAAGGGCAGGCGUUGAUGGUGGUGGAGGUGGAGGUGGACAUGGAGCAGCAGGGUGUGUCUCCAAAGGCAUCGACCACAAUGGUGGAGGUGGUGGCAGUGCCAGACUCUCCCCCACAUGCCACACCUGCCUGUGAUCCCUUGCAAUGCCUUACCUCCCUCUGUCGCUCGCUUUUGCUUUCUGGGUCCCUCAAUCUGCCCUCGCAUUUUUGUCAAGGGCUGCUGCAGCAGUCAGGCGGUGACUAUGCAGCAAACACGGGUGGAGACGUGGGUUUCUCCUUGUUAUCAAAUGAGAUUGAGGAUACCAUUAUUGAGGGCAUGCCCGUGGACCCCUUGUACGUGCAUCUAGCUGCGGCCUUGUACAGAUGGAUCUGUACGAGGCGCUUCCCACGCAAUAUGGCGCCCAUAGAAGGAAUCAAGGAGGAUGAAUCCUGGAAGUCUCGGCUGGAUGCCUGGAAUGAAACAGUUGUCACACACGGCUCUGCGCUACUUGAGCUGUGGCAAGGGAUCGCAUUGAAGCUUGAUGUGCAGGAGCCCUGGUCCUCUGUACUUAAAGAUGGGAGGAAAAGCGUCGAAGGCCGUUGUGCGACUGACGCGUACAGGAGUUUGUCGCCUGGUUGUUUGAUGCUAGUGAACGAGAGCUUUCUCCUUCAAAUCAAGGAAGUUCAUCGGUAUCCAACUUUCCAAAUCAUGAUCGAGACAGAAGGACUAUUGAAAGUCUUACCCGGAGUGGAGUCCAUUAGUGAAGGUGUUCAGAUUUACAGAAAAUUUUACUCUUGCUCGAAAGAGCAAACAUAUGGGGUGUUGGGCAUUCAUGUGGUUCGCCCUGCGCAGAGAGAUCCUGCUGAUCUUUUAUCUGACAUCCUCAACACCCUUGGAAUAGAUGGAGUGAGAGUCUUACUAGGUAUGCGAACUACGAACGGCACACUGAAGGAGGCUCUGCCACCUCCGAAAUCUCUGCUGGCUGAUUCAUUCUCAGCUCUGCAAAAUCCAGAUAUUGCAGGCUGCCGGAUAUCCGUAGGAGCUCGAGCGCUUGCAAAGCAUGCACCCCGCAGUCUUGAUGGCUGGUGGGGAAGUAUAUCUGGGACUGAAGCUGCGAAAAAUAAGCUCGCAGAGACGACAAUGCAUCGCUUGAUGAAGCACGCAGUAUGGAUCAACAUUCAUCUGGCUCCAAUUCCUGUUUUAGAAAUACGUGUGGCAGACGGCUAUGGUGCACGUUGGCUGGCUGAUGGUAGCAAGUUCCGCGGAUUUUUAGAACCUCCCAUGGAAGAAGGACACAUGGUGAACUGGAGGCAUUGAAUAGUUUCGGGGUUUUGUUGAAUGUUAGGUGUUCCUAUGAUGUAAUUAGUUGAGUCAGUAUUCUGUCAUUGUGGCUGCUCCGAUCAGUAGUUGAUUGAUUAGCGUAGGUUUAUUCUUAUUUUAUGGGAUGUGAGAAUAGAAACUGUAGCUGUAUGUAGGAAAUUGCAGCAAUGUGAUUGAUUAAAAGUGUCACGUGGGAUUUUACAGCAUGGUUUUAAAAAACGUUAUUGAAUAUGAAAGGUGAAAUGAUGGUUUUUGUAUAUAUCAACAA